AUGUCCGUCAGUCUGUCUGAGACGGGGAGAAGGGGCCCCGCCCCGGGGGGAUAUCCGCUGAACGAGGAGGAAGACCUGCGGGUCGCCCUGGCCAGCAACGUCGCGCAGCAGAUCCCGGCAGAGCUCGACGAAGUCAACGGCGAGCCCAAGGCCAUGGACCUCGAGGGCAACAUCCUCGACGCCAUAGCGAACCGCAAAACGCAGGUCAUGCAGCAGCAAAUGCAGCUCCAGGCGAAGACCGCCGGGGACAACGAAGAGGCGUCGGCGCUGGGCAACGUGCUGGGCCGCAAGUCACAGCGGGACACCAUGGUGUGUCCUCACUGCGGGAAACACGCCGAGUCCGGCGGGACGAGCGACCCCCGCGCGACCUGGGUGCGCGUCGACGGAGCGCACACGGGCGAGCGCCCCGACCCCGCGGCCGCCUCGACCCCCCGCGCGAAGAACGUCUUCAACUACCAAAAAGUCCUCCGGCUGGAGAUGGAGACGCGGCGGCUGACGCGGGACCUGAACAAGGCGCACGCGAGCCUCGUGGAGUCGGAGCGCAAGUGGCGCAUGGAGCGCAAGGCGCUGGUCGACUCGUUCCGGGAGGACUUGCACCACAAGGAGGUGUCUCUACAGCAGCUGCAGAAAGAGAUGCGGGACCUGCCGCGGAAGAUGCGGGACGCGCAGGCGCAGCUCGCCGAGAGCAACGCGCGCGCGGUCGCUUCGGAGAACCUGGCGGCGGAGACGCAGCGGCAGCUGGUGGCGACGGAGCGCGAGGUGGUGAAGAUGCGCGCGGCUCUCACGAAGCAGGGCGAGCGCGUCAAGGAGCUCCGCGGGCGCAACCAGCACUUAAAGACUGCCAUGGGCCGCAUGAGCGCCACCGUCGGGCCGCUGCGGGACCAGCAGACGCGGCUCGCGUACCUCCUUCUGUGCAAGCUCCGCGAGCUGAACGAGACGGGGAUGUCCCUGAAGGACGCCGAGCAGAAGGCGGACGAGCACCACAAGCGGGCGCUAGCGAGCGACGACAUGAACAAGAUGUCGGAGGAGGUGGCGGGGUCGCUGGUGCGGGAGAGCGCGAAGCAGCAGGACAGCAUCUUCGAGCUGCGGAAGCAGCUGCAGCGGGCGGCGCGGGAGGCCGCGGACGAGCGGCAGCGCGCGGCGCGGGCACGCAGCGACAAGAUCCAGGCGGAGAACGCGCUGCAGGCGGUGAUGAACAGCCGCGACCUGUACGAAACGAAGACGCGCGACCUCCAGCAGAACAUCAACUCGGCGGCCGAGGAGAAGCAACAACUGCGAGGGAUGGUCGAGGAGCUCUCGCACCGCGUGGGCGAGCUCGAGAACAUGCUGGCGGAGGACGACGAGGAGCGCAACGCCAUCAAGUCCCUGAUCGGCCCCUUCAAGUUCGAAAUGAUGGCCUGCCGCGGGAUGUGCCUCACGCUCGAGGAGAUGCCCGACACGACCAGCAAGGUCCGCGAGCAGUCCAAGAUCAUCCGCAACCAGCGCGCCCUCGACCUCCUCAAGGACUUUGUUCAAUGGCGAAUCGAGAAGUCUGCCUCGACGUGGCGCGUCGAGCGCAUGAAACACCAGGGCGCCAGCGCGGCGAUAUCGCGGUACGGGUCCGCGACGUCCCAGGUGCUCGACGAGAUCGCUGCCGCCGUCCCUGCGCUGCACACUCCGGCGGGGGCCAGCCCCGCUCCGCACGAGCGUGGCGGCGUGACGCGGCCGAACAGCUCGAUGCACCCGCGGCGGGGCGCACUCACGCCGGAGGUGCAGGCGGUCACCAGCCCGAAGGUCCGGGACACCCCCGCCACGUCGAGUCCGGGGGCUGUUGCUGUGCCUGCGCUUGGGUCGGUCCCCGAAGACAAGUCGGCGGUCGACGCGGGACGGGGGAGGGUUCCGGCGCCGCGGAGCCCCCACGCGCGGCCAACGACGGCGAGCCCGACCCGUGCGCGGCCAACGACGGCGCCGGCGCCAGCGACGACGCCGGCGACCGGCCGGGUCCCGCCCGCGCGCCCGACGACGGCGGCGGCGCCGCGGCCGCGCACGGAAGCGCGCUCGCCGACCCGUCCUCCAUCUACGUUCGGCGCCGGGCACAGGCUGUACAGCAGCCGCAACCAGAAGCGCGACCGCAUUGCAGAGGUCAUCGCGCGUCCCGGCGCCUCCGUGCGGCCCGCGACAGCGCACACCGCGCGCCAGGGCCUCGACAAAGACGUCCUCCGCGGGAAGAGCGCGGACGUGUGGGAGUCCCGCCCCGGCGUGGCGCCGCGGCAGCAGCCGUGGGCGACCCACGUCGAGCGCCCUCCGCUCGCCACCCAGCGCCGCGCCGCGAGCCCCCACCGCAGCGCGCACUGCUACGUCUGCGCGGGCCCCACCGGCUCUCCGCGGGCGGCCACAGCCGCGGCGCCGGCGUCCCCGACCUCCCCUCGCCUGCGCGUGCUCCAGGUGUACGGGGAGCCCGCAGUGGAGGGCGCGCCGACGACACGCGGCCUGCCGCGCGAACAGGAGGCGGUGCGGCCCGGCACGGGCUUCGUGAGCGCGCCGGGGCGGCACGACCGGCCCGGGACGGUCGGGGCCGGCAUCGCGACGGGCGACCAGCACGUGGCAGGAAACGAGCGGAGCGCCGGUAGGCUCGAUUUGGCGUACGCGUUCGCGGGCGGGGACAUCGAGGUGAUAUUGGAGCGGAUCCGGCCGCACGUGGGGGCUUCGUUGGAGGACGCAUAG